AUGGUCAAGAUCACAGCAAUACCAAGGACUCGUCUCCUCUUGGUGUCCAUAUGGAUCUCUGUUGUGGCGUGUCAGGAGAUCACUGAUUUCUACCCAAUAGAAAGAACCCUGGAAGAUACUACUACCUCCAACAAUGAUUCCACCACGAUGAAUGCUCAUGCACAUGCACCUCGGCAGCAUCACCAUCCUCAUCACGGAAACUCCCUCCAUGGCCAUAAUAAUAAUAAUAAUAGUCCAGCGAGAAACAGGAGAUCCACCACAGUGAUUCAUGUGCUACCCCCAUCGCCAGAUGAUACCCCUGAAGCAUGUCCCGCAAAUUCCACCUUUCAUGCUUCUUGUGGAGCCGAGAGGUAUUGUGCCUCCUUGCCGGGGACUCAUCAUGAUAACCACCACCACGACGACAACCAGAAUAAUACCAAUCACUCUCUGUGGUUCGAGUGGGACAAUACUUUUCCCUACAACGCUGAUGAAACCUACUACUAUUGUCUGCACAAGACACUCUGGUUCCCAACCUUGUCGCCCCAAGAUUUGCUCGCCUUUUUGCUGGCAGGAACGUGCUGCUUUUUGGCCGCCAUGGCAGGAAUCGGUGGAGGAGGCCUCAUAUUGCCCAUUCUACUCUUGUGUUGCAACUUUACUCCCAAAGAAGCAUCGGUACUGUCCAAUACCGCCGUCUUUUGCAAUACCCUGGGACAAUUUGUCAUCAACAAUUGCUGCAACAACAACCGUAACAACAACAACAAUCCGUCCAUUCUCAUUUUUGCCACGGUCUUGAUGAUUAUGCCUCCUGUCAUUGCUGGAGGGAGUGUCGCCAUUAC